AUAGGCCCGGUCCUUCUCCAGCGGGCCCCACCCGGCGCCGAGUUUGACGUCACUGUCUGCGCCGCGCGCCGUAGGUACAGGAAGUGGGAUCAAAACAAAGGAGCGCCGGCUGGAAGCGGACCUCCUGGAGCCGGUGUCUCUGCUGCUUCGCCCCCGGCCCACUCCACAGAAGCCGCACAACUUUGUCCAACAUGGAGAAACACCUGUUCAACCUGAAGUUCGCGGCCAAAGAACUGAACAGGAGUGCCAAAAAAUGCGACAAGGAGGAAAAGGCCGAAAAGGCCAAAAUUAAAAAGGCCAUUCAGAAGGGCAACAUGGAAGUUGCGAGGAUACACGCCGAAAAUGCCAUCCGCCAGAAGAACCAAGGGGUGAAUUUCUUGAGAAUGAGUGCGCGGGUGGAUGCGGUGGCUGCCCGAGUCCAGACCGCGGUGACGAUGGGCAAAGUGACCAAGUCCAUGGCCGGUGUGGUUAAGUCGAUGGAUGCGACGUUGAAGACCAUGAAUCUGGAGAAGAUCUCUGCUUUGAUGGACAAGUUCGAGCACCAGUUUGAGACCCUGGACGUCCAGACGCAGCAAAUGGAAGACACGAUGAGCAGUACGACGACGCUGACCACUCCCCAGAACCAGGUGGAUAUGCUGCUCCAGGAAAUGGCUGAUGAGGCGGGCCUCGACCUCAACAUGGAGCUGCCGCAGGGCCAGACCGGUUCCGUGGGAAUGAGCGUGGCUUCGGCUGAGCAGGAUGAACUGUCCCAGAGACUGGCCCGCCUUCGGGAUCAAGUCUGACUGCAGAAGCUCUCCGAGGUUUACUUUUGACGCGCUCUCUGCGUUUUAGAGAGGUGCCCUAGAAUUGUGCCAGAAUACCGACGACUCUUCCUUCUAAAAACCUUUGGGUUUACAACCCUCUCCAGAUAGGAUAAGGAAUUCCAGUUUUCCUCCACCUCUAACUGGAUUUUAAAGUUCUUUAUAGCUUAUGAUGAUGUGUAUUUUUUAUAGCUGCCUUUUAACGAAACCGGUUAAUUUGCUGUAUAUGAAUCUAGAAAAAUCGGCAGAACUCUAGUCCUCAUGUAUUCCGUUUUCACUUAGAAUCAUCAGAUUGAAGUUUAUUUUUAGUGUGGUUGAUGAUACAUAGACUGAUAAGUGGCACAAAAAAUUAAAUGAGGAGGAAUGGGUACUUUAUUUACAAAUUUGUAAACAUUUUGUUCAACUUAUUCGGUGGGAAAUACUCUUUCUGUAUAUCAUUUGGUUUUCUUUUUUCUAUCAAAGAAAGACUAUAAUUGACUAUUAAUUUAUUCUCAUAACUUAUACUAAAGUUACCUUAGAAGAUUUUUGAAAAUACUCGUUUUACAUCCUGUUAGUUCGUAUAAUAAUGGAGUUUGUAUAACUGGGAAAAAAUACCACAUAACUUAUUACCAGGAAAAAUUAAAAUUUGUUCAUUUAUAUUCCAAUUUACCAAGAAUUCUUAAGGCUUAACAUUUGAUAAUUUCUAGUUAUUUGCUAAUGAAAGUCAAUCUUUAUUGACUUCUGAUCAAAAUAAUGUUCAUCAACAUGGCAGUCCUAUUACACACCUAACAUUGCCAAAGAACUGCCGAUUUGGUCCAGGUAAAUCCUGGAACUAUGUCACUAUAGGUUUUGUUUUUAUUUAAUAACCAAAAAUAUAAAUAAAAUUAGAACAGCCUUUUUAAGUUCUAAUUAUUUGUAUGUAUUAUUUUGUCUUAAAGCAGCAACUCUUUUAAAACCUUAAAAAGCAUAAGUUAAUGCUGUAGAUCUGCAAAGCUUAAAUGAACAUUUAGCCAGCUGGAAGUCUCUGACCCAGGAGUGAGCUGGGAUUAGAAGGAGAGAGAUAGAGGCUAGAAGCCUCCACCACCAUCCGCCUUCCUAUUUUCCGCUGGUGGAAAGCAAAGCAGCUGCCGUUUUCUCCCGGCCUCCAAACACAGAGAACAAGUGUUUGCUUGGCACAUACAUUAACCCAAGUUAAAUACUUACAAAGUUUGUUUUAUUUAAUUUCCCCUUUUCCUGGUUGGUUUUUUUUUUUUCUAUUAAGAGAAUUCUAAUAUUUCAGACAAAAAUAGAGCAACAAAACUCUGAAAAAUCCAUUAUAGUGUGGUUUCCCAUGUGACUGUUAAUGAAAAAAAGUACAAGCCUGCACAGAUGAGUACUAAAGCUCAGUGUGUGUGUGUGUGUGUGUGUGUGUGUGUGUGUGUGUGUGUGUACAUACUUACACAUUUUUUUUUUUUUGAUAAGUGCUCUAAGGGACACCUUAGCCGCCUGGUUUCCUCUCAAAGGACCUUUACCAGACAUGUUUUCUCAUAUACACAGUUGUGCUGAGUCAGGCAUGCGUCAAUAAAACCUGUGCCUUCAUCCUUUAGACUGGAAAACCUUGAUUAGUUACACAACAUUGAAAAAAUAGCUUAGUAUUGACUCCUUGGUAAAUUGAAGACCCUUUUAUACUGCAAAUAUUUCCAUCAAAAUAUAUUUUGUGAGAUUGAACAAUACUAUAUAUGCUUAAACUUUCUUAAAAUAUGUUCAUUUCAUACUAUAUAAAUGUACAUUUUUAUGAAUCAUAAACAUUAUUUUCAAACACUA